AUGUCUGCUCCAAAGCCCGAGAUCGUCUUCAUCGGGGGUGCCUGGCACUACCCAGAAUCAUACGCCAAAUUCUGCACCAUUCUGGAAUCUCAACAAGACCUCACCGUCCACCUCCCCCAACUCACAACCAUGAACGGAGCACGACCCCCAACAGCAGAUCUAUACACAGAUACAGCUCUCAUCCGCCAACUAGUCACCGAACUAGCCGAUAAAGGCCGGUACCUGGUUAUCCUCAUGCAUUCAUUUGGAGGCCAAGUCGGUACCAAUGCCCUCGCAGGCCUAGGUGUUGAAACUCGUAAAAAUCAAGGCCUACCCGGAGGUGUGAUUGAACUAGUCUAUAUCUGUGCACAUGUACUGCAAGAAGGUCAAUCGGUGACUGGGACAAUGGAGCAAAAGGGACAUGCAGGGUAUGUUCCUAUUCUGUUUGACUUUGCUGAAGAUGGUACAUGUAUUCCUGGAGAUUCGAAAGGCAUGGUUGGCACUGGACUUUCAGAGGAAGAUCUGGACAUCUAUCUACAGGGACUAGGGCGUUGGAGCGGAAAAUCCUUUCACCAGCCUUUGGAGUACUGUGCCUGGCGGGAUAUUCCAGUGUCUUAUAUUCAGACUCCACCUGAUGCUUUGAUGCCUAUGGCGUAUCAGAAAGCGUUUGUGGAGGAUAUGGAGGCUGCUGGGCGUAAGGUUAGGACUUUUGAGCUUGAUACUGGUCACUGUCCCACGAUUACGAAACCGGAAGAGCUUGCCAACAUUAUUCAACAGAUUGUUGUGGAUGUUGUGGCCGGGGGCUUGAGUUUAUAA